UUAGGGGCAUUUGCAGCCAUUCUCUCUGCUCUUGUGAUCCGGCAUUUGACAGCUCAGUAUAUUAUGGCGAUUGGUUCGCUUGCGUCCGCUGCGGCAUUGGCCCUUGUUUGCACCAUACCAGAACAGCAGAUAUACUGGGCUCAGUUAUUUCCAACACUCAUUCUAGGCGCACUUGGGCCUGACUUUCUCUUUACUGCAUCGCAAAUCAUUGCCAGCAAUAAUGUCAAGCGAAGUCAACAAGGGAUAGCUGGGUCCUUUGUUGGAACGCUCCUGUCAUAUGGCUUAAGUAUAGGUUUAGGAUUCGCCGGCACAGUGAAAGUAUACACAAAUUCUAAUGGUAAGAUUCUUGUCCAAGAUUAUCGCAAUGCUCUUUAUCUCGGCAUUGGAAUGGCAAGUUGCGCUGCAUUGAUGACGCUUGCAUUUGUGCGGAUUCCAAAGGAUCGCAGAGAGGGUUGGGUCUAA